UCACAGUCACAAAUGGUUGGACCCUUGGGAGCAGUCAAACCUUUGGUGGGAAUGGGCAGACCAGGGGGGCGUCCGGCAAACAUCGGCCUAGACCAGUAUUGCACCUCCUACAGACAAUCUUACAGUAAGGAGUUAUUCCAGUCAUGUCUCGGUCAUCAUUUUGGGACGGGUUACUCUGCCAACCACCGUCCUGUUCUGUACUACAGCUCCAGCCUGGAUCGCUAUGAUAAUCCACAGUUUGGUCUCUCAUUGUUGGACAGUUUUGAGUCUCAAACGAAGCGUCAUUACCAGCGUCUGGUUCUGCCCGACGGGACGGAGCCUUUGGCCUGCACAGGCUCCAGACACAGAGAGAGCGGAUAUUUGCAGCUCCAAGCUCAGCCAAGACCUAGAGCAGCGUCCUGUCAGACUGAAUAUAAAGCCACUUACAUUCCUCACCGCCUCAGAGUUUUGGUUGGACCCAUAGAAGAUAGUGGAUACACUAAGGAAGCCAAUCUACAGCCAAAUACCUUCCUCCCCCAAAAUAUUAGCAUGGAUGACGCUCGCAGGACACAGGAAAGUGUGAUGAAGACUGACUUCCUUCCCGGAUGUUUCCUUCAGGGCAGUGAAGCACUACCAAAACUUGCCUCCCGUGCACUUCGGGAAACUGGAUUUACAAGAGAAACCCAGAAGCCUCUGACCAGUUCAGCCUCUGUGCAGGGUGGUGUUGGUAAAGACAGUGGACAGAAGACUAGAACUGCUGAAGCUAGAUGGUCCAUUGGGCCAAUGGGCUCAUCAGGAUUCGUCCUGAACGCCCCCAACAUCACGAGCCUCUCACAUACACCAGCCGACCAGCAACACUUCCUCACACACUACCAAAGCAAGUUUUGUGAUAAAUCAUCAGUGAUGCCGCAGAGAUCAGAAUGGCUGAGAGGAGGCAUACAGAGACACAGAGAAAGCGGAUACAGUGGACGAGACACAGAUAGGUUUAAUCUUAGUGGAUUUAAUGUCCUAGCUUCACAAUAAACCUGAAAUAUUCAUUUCAACAUAAUACUGGCAAACUCUGCUUGAUCGUUUCUACUUGACAUUUUCAGACAAAAUUAUAUUGCUUUAAUUUAGAGGUGUUGUCUGUGCAUCAUACUUAGGGUUAGCUAUUUUAACAGACCCUUGACACUACUUUAACUUUAAUGCAUUAAGCGGAGAAUAAUUAACAUCAAUCAUUUUGAGCAAGUUGUGUAAAAACUAUUGAGCAACAUAAUUAUUGAUGUAAGACUAAAUGCAGGACCAGGAAGUGUUGCUUAACUGUGUUCAGCAGAUUGUGUUGAAGAAAAAUUCACGCUCUUACACAGAUUGCAAUGCAUACACCAAUACACACAGAUAUGCACAAUUUAUGUACACAAAUUCCUAGCCAUGCCGAGAAAGGAGUGGCACCAAAUGAAGGCUCAGCUGGCUGGCAUAUGGUCACAGUUAUGGUGCCUGCUUAAGUUGGUGUGUGUGUGUGUGUGUGUGUGUAAGCUUCUCUCUCUCAUCUCAGGGCCAAUGCUCACUCUCCCACACAGGCAGAUCAUUCAUUAUCCUUAAUAAUCCUUGCAAGAAAGGGAGAAUAGGGACUGAUUGAAUAAAGGAACACUGGUCUUUUUACUUCAUGCUUAACACUGAAAAAGUGACGCAAAUGCUUGUCUAUAAGUGCAGAGGUCUUGUUAUUUUGCAGUAAAUUGAGCAGUUUGAGCAUUACCAAUCAAGCAUUAAUUUUAUUAUUGCUCAUACAUGAUUUGAAGCAAAAAACAAUAAAUAUUUGAUGUUUGAUUCAUCAUUUGCAAAAUAUGGACAUAAAGGACACCUUAAAUUUGCAUGGUAUAAAAUAAAAUAAAUCUCAUAUUUA